AUGAUAUGUCAAAAUUUAACAUGUCAAAAUGGCGGUCUAUGUAGUCCGACGGAUGAAUAUAUGUUAUCGAAGAAACGAUUUAUAUGUAUUUGUCGAAAAGGUUAUUUUGGAGAACGAUGUGAAUUAGAGGAUACUAAAAUAAUUUUAUCAUUUGAAAAAUCUAUUAUUGUACCACAAUCAAUAUUCAUUCAUUUUAUUGAAGUUAUGAAUCGUGAUAGACCAGUGCGAUCAACUACAUUUCAAACAAUUCCUGUUCAACAAGAUUUUAUUACAAUAUUUUGGUCAAGACCAUUUCAUAUUGUUUUUAUUGAACUUCUUGAAAAAAACUAUUAUUUAACUUUUGUUAAAAAUAUUUAUAAUCGAUCAACAACAAUUAAUCAAAUGAUAAAACCAUCAGAUCGUUGUAAACAUAUCAAUGAAAUAUUUAAUGAUAGUAUUAUUAAAUUAGAUCUUAUUCGUCGAAUAAAAUAUUAUCAUUUACCAUGUCAAAUGUCUUCAUUAAAUCUUUCUUGUUUUUAUGAUAAUAUUCAUCUUUGUCUAUGUUAUGAUUAUUAUAAACAACGUCUUGCUAAUUGUUUUGAAUUUAAUCAUGAUAUGAUAUUUGAUUGUUCAGGUCAAAAUGAAUGUCAAAAUGGUGGCAAAUGUUUUCAAGAUACUCCACAUUGUCCGACAAGAUCAAUAUGCCUUUGCCCUUCAUGUUUUUUUGGAGCACAGUGUCAAUUUAGUACAAGUGGAUUUGGUUUAUCCCUCGAUGCUAUUUUAGGUUAUCAUAUUAUACCAAAUAUUAGUAUAAAAUAUCAACCAAUUAUUGUAAUAAUAAGUUUAACAUUAACUAUUGUAUUUAUUAUAGCUGGUUUUAUUAAUGGUAUUCUUGCUAUGAUAACAUUUAAAAAUAAAAUGGUACGUGAUGUUGGUAGUGGUCUAUAUUUAUUUAGUUUAUCAAUAACAACUUUAUUUAUAAUAAUUUUAUUUGGAUUAAAAUGUUGA